CGGAAGGAGAAAUCAGCAAAGAAUCAAUUUUCCUUUUCAAAAGCAGAGAGAAAAGGAAUGGAGAUCAGUUGUUAUUCUCAGCAGAGAGGCUUUCUUAUUUCUGUCUUUCUUUUAAAUGUAUUAAUAUAUUGGGGAGGAUAUUGGAAGGUGAGUGGUUGCUUCGAUUCCGAGAGAAAAGCUCUCACCACCUUUCGGAAGGCUCUCAACGACCCUUCCAAUCUUCUCUCUUCUUGGGAUGAUGAUGCCUCUCACUGCUGCAAAUGGAGAGGAAUUACCUGCCACAACAUAACUGGGUACGUUGUUAAACUCGAUCUCCACACUCAUUAUGACGGGUUCCUUAUUGAUGGCGGAAUUAAUCCAGCAUUCAGUCUAAGUGGCAGAAUUGAUCCAGCUCUGGUUCAACUGAAGCAUCUUCAGUUCUUGGACUUGAGCUUUAAUGCUUUUAAUGGCGCACCAAUUCCAGAUUUCCUGGGUUCAAUGAAGGAGUUGAGGCAUUUGAUCUUGUCAUGGGCAGGAUUCAGCGGGAGAAUCCCUCAUCAGCUUGGAAACCUCACUAAACUCAUUUCCCUGAAGCUUUCCUCAGAUUCUUUGAGUGCCAAAAACCUUUGGUGGUUGACAAGUCUACCUUCUCUCAAGUACCUUCACAUGUCUCAUGUGGACCUUUCCAAGGCAAGCCAUGAUUGGGUCCACGUAAUGAACAUGUCUCCUUCCUUUGUUGAGCUAAGCUUAUUCGAUUGUGGUCUUUCAUAUAUUUCUCCAACUCUUCCUUCUGUUAAUUUCACAUCUCUCCGUGUCCUUGAUCUCCGUUUAAACAACUUCAACUCUACCAUUCCAAACUGGAUAGCUAACAUUAGUAGCCUUGUGUCCUUGAAUUUCUUAGAUAACAACUUUCAUGGUGAGGUUCCUUAUGAUCAAAUUUCAAAACUUCCUAACUUGGAAGAGUUGUGGUUGGGAUCAACUGAUGAUAGCCUCAGGGUUGAUUGGUCAGAGUUCCUUGAAGGCAGCUGGAGGAAGCUGAAGAUACUUCAUCUAUCUUUCAGUCAGCUGCAUGGAGGAAUCCCCAACUCUAUUUGGAAUAUGACAUCACUUGAGUCUCUCUCUUUGUCAUUCAGUGAGAAUAUAACAGGUAGCAUUCCAAGAGCCAUAACUAAGCUUAUCAAUUUAGAGAGCCUGUCUUUGUAUGGAUACAAAAUGCAUGCGGCCAUUCCUGAUUGGUUACAUGAGCUCAAAAAUCUUAAACACCUUUCUCUCCAAGAUUGCAUGCUAACAGGCCCAAUCCCUGCAGCUCAUCUUGGAGGAUUGUCUUCCUUAGAAGAACUAGAUCUCUCAGGGAAUCAAUUGAAUGGGAAUAUACCUGCAGCUCUUGGAGGAUUGUCUUCCUUACUAUAUUUAUCUCUCCAUGGGAAUCAGUUGAAUGGGAAUAUCCCUGCAGCUCUUGGAGGAUUGUCUUCCUUGCUAUAUUUAUCUCUCCGUGGGAAUCAGUUGAAUGGGACAAUCCCAACAACUUUAGGACAACUUUCUAACUUGUCUGGGCUUGACCUCUCUUACAACUCCUUGACAGGAAACGUGUCUGAAAGUGUUUUUGAAAACCUCAAAAAGUUGAGGUACUUAUUUUUGUCUUCCAAUUCUUUGGUUUUUGAUCCACACUCUGAUUGGGCCCCUCCAUUUCAGCUUCACCGUAUUGACCUAGGAUCAUGUCAUUUAGGUCCUCGUUUUCCUCUCUGGCUACGGGCACAAAAAUAUGUAGAAGACUUGUGUCUCUCUAACACAACCAUCUCUGGCAUCAUCCCCACCUGGUUUUGGGAUUUAACACCCCAACUUCUUUUCCUAAGCCUUUCAAAUAACCAGAUUUUUGGCCAAUUGCCCAGCCCUUUAAAAAUGCAUGCUCAGGCCUGCAUUGAUUUGAGUUUGAAUCAUUUCAAUGGUCCCAUACCCUGCAUAUUGAAUGGAGCCAGAGUACUUGAUCUCUCCAACAAUCAAUUUUCUGGGCCAAUCCCACCCAAUUUUACAUCCACAAUGCAGUAUUUGGAAUUCUUUUCUGCCAAAGGUAACCAAAUCAGUGGCAUGAUUCCCUCAUCCAUUGAAGGAAUGAAUUCCUUAACUGUCCUUGAUCUUUCCCGAAACAAUAUUGGUGGUAUCAUUCCAUUGAGUUUGGGUAAUUGUGUAGCACUUGAGGCACUUGAUUUGAGCAAGAACAGGUUAUCCGGAGUAAUACCCACGUCUUUAGGUCAGUUACGUCAACUCCAGACAAUGCACUUGAGCACCAAUACUCUAUCAGGAAAAAUACCUUCAUCUUUGAAGAAAUGUACUAGUUUGGAGACUCUGGACCUUGGACACAACAAUUUCUCAGGUCAUAUUCCCACUUGGAUUGGCGAAAGCUUUCCAGCUUUAAGAAUUCUGAGUCUCCGAUCAAAUAUGUUUUCUGGUAACAUCCCAUCACAAUUAUCAAAACUAACUUCUCUUCACGUCCUUGAUGUUGCACAAAAUUAUUUAUCUGGUUCAAUUCCCCAAAGUUUUGAAAAUCUCAUGGCCAUGAAGAAUGAGCAGAAGAUAAACCACGUUCUUUCCUAUGGAGGGAUGAGAUCAUCAUAUUACAAGGAAAACUUGCUUGUGUCAGUGAAGGGGCUAGUGCUUGAAUACACAAGAACAGUUUCACUGGUUACAUGCAUGGACCUUUCAAGAAAUAAUUUGUCUGGAGAGAUCCCUGAAGGAUUCACAGGACUUUUGGGAUUGCGUGCUUUAAACUUAUCUGGAAAUCAUUUGGCCGGAAAGAUCCCAGAUAAGAUUGGUAAAUUGGCAUUGCUAGAGUCUCUUGAUUUCUCUGAAAAUCAACUUUCAGGUACAAUUCCUCAAAGCAUAUCAAAUUUAACUUUUCUAAGUUGCUUAAACUUGUCGUUUAACAACUUGUGGGGGAAAAUUCCAUCUGGAAAUCAGCUCCAAACAUUCCAAAAUCCUUCUAUUUAUAUGGGCAACAUCGGACUUUGUGGACCUCCUCUUCUAGAUAAGUGUGUUAGUGAUGAGACUCCUCCAGGUCCUGGUUACGUUGAAAAAGAUGAAGAAGAGGAUGAGAUGCGUUGGUUUUACUCUGGGUUGGGACCAGGAUUUGCAGUUGGGUUUUGGGCCUUAUGUGGCAUUUUAGUGCUCAAGAAGUCUUGGAGGAUUGUCUAUUACCACUUCUUUGAUGAGAUGAAAGAUAGACUCUUUCCGUAAUUAUUAUAGGAUGUU